AUCAGGAGGCUCGCCGGCGGAGCGGAUUGUGCGACGGACUGUGGGUGCGUGUGGAGAGGCCGUUGUUGCGCUGAGAGGUACGGGAGGUGGUGACGGGGUUCGUUGGGAUCGUUUUAAUUGAAAGUUUUCUUAAUUUAAGGAUUGAAGAGACAUGAUCGAGCAGCAGAAGAGGAAAGGCCCCGGGCCCAACGACAUGGCCCUGGUCCCGGCCUUGAAGAAGCCGCGCAGUGACAUGGCGGCGGCUCCGGGGCAGCAGCAGCUCAUGCCUAUGGGCCCCCCCAGGAGCUCCAGUUUGCAGGCACCCAUCAUGCUUCUCAGUGGACACGAGGGAGAAGUUCACUGCUGCAAGUUUCAUCCCAAUGGUGCUACCCUGGCAUCAGCUGGAUUCGACAGACUCAUCCUGAUGUGGAAUGUUUAUGGUGACUGUGAUAACUUCGCCACACUCAAGGGCCACAGCGGGGCUGUCAUGGAGUUGCACUACAAUACAGAUGGCAGCUUGCUGUUCUCAGCUUCCACAGAUAAGACGGUGGGGGUGUGGGACAGCGAGACGGGCGAGAGGAUGAAGAGGCUGAAGGGACACACGUCGUUCGUGAACUCCUGCUACCCGGCCAGGCGCGGCCCACAAGUCGUGUGCACAGGCAGCGACGACGGCACUGUUAAACUUUGGGAUAUCCGUAAGAAAGCUGCCGUGCACACGUUCCAGAACACCUACCAGGUCCUGUCCGUCACAUUCAACGACACCAGCGACCAGAUCAUAUCUGGAGGGAUUGACAAUGACAUCAAGGUGUGGGACCUGCGACAGAACAAGCUGAUUUACACGAUGCGCGGCCACGCUGACUCUCUGACCGGACUCAGCCUGAGCUCAGAGGGCUCCUACCUGCUCUCCAACUCCAUGGACAACACAGUUCGUAUCUGGGACGUACGCCCUUUUGCACCAAAAGAAAGGUGUCUGAAGAUAUUCCAAGGAAGCAUUCACAACUUUGAAAAGAACCUUCUAAGAUGUUCUUGGUCUCCAGAUGGGAGCAAAAUAGCAGCAGGGUCUGCAGACAGGUUUGUGUAUGUGUGGGACACCACCUCUCGGAGGAUCCUCUACAAGCUGCCCGGUCACGCCGGCUCUGUGAACGAGGUCGCCUUCCACCCUGAGGAGCCUAUUGUUCUUUCAGGAUCCAGUGACAAAAGACUGUACAUGGGAGAGAUCCAGUAGCGUGCCAUGGGGAAGGGUGGAUAUUGUGAGAUCUUUCAGCUGCCCUGAAGAAUGCAAGGAGUCCUCGCUCGGUAGCAGCACAUCCACUUGAAUUGCAGACUGCCUCGGAGUGCAAGAACAGCCAUUGGUUCUGUAUUCCCUUCCCCUGGAAGCGGCCGGAAUAACCGGCUGAUCACUCGCCUAUUUUUCCUUUUGGAACUGCAUUUUUUUUUUUUAUUUUUCCCCCCUGAGUCUCCCUCUUUCCCAGACAAUUGAUGGAAAGAAAGUGGGCAGUUAAAAAAAAGAUUGCUUGGCCGAAUGACUGCGCCUCAUUGCCUAUGAAAGCCGAUCUCCUGUCCACACCAAUGACCGGAGUUGUUUGAGGUUCUGUUAGUGUUUUUUUUUUUUCAGUAGUAGAAUGCAGGUCUUGUGCUGUUCAAUUCACUUUCCAGACAUGGAAUGACAAGUUUUAGUUGAAACAUAUUUGUUUGCAUUAAAUAAGCAGAGGGGUUCCAACAGUAUAAUGUACUAAUAGAACAGGAGAGAGGCUUCAUUAAUUUAAUCUGUGCUUGUGCAACAUCACUAUUCAUCUGCACCACUUCUCUCGGCUGUAAACUGCUUGAGUCCAUUAAGAUUUCAUAAAAGCUUUCACCCUCCCCCAGCCCCUCCUUUACCUCCUCCAUUCUCAUCAGAGCCUAAUCUGUUGCUGACGAGAGAAUAUUUGACUGGCGGAUGCCCGAGGUUCUGUCAAACUAAAUAAAUGCCUGUUCAGUUUUUAGCUCUGAGGUCCGUUUCCAGACUUUGUUUCCAUUAUCAGAUGCUCCUGGCAUCACGCCUGCCAGAUUCCCUUCAUGUGCUGCAGGUAGUGGGACCGCUUUGUGAUAAACCUCUGUCUCCUGCUAGUUACACUUGUAAACCUUUGGAAUAUUUCAGGGCUUUGCGUUGAGACGUGGGGGUUCUUUUACAAGUUUCACAGGAAGGGAAUUUGAGUGAAUUUGAAUUGGUUUCUCCUCCUGAGUUUGAAGUGGAAAUAGCAUAAAAAUAGUAAAUACUCUCUACAAACAAAAGGGGCUUAAGAAUCUAAUGCAAUAUAAAUAAUGCUUUGAUUACUGUCUGCUUAUCUGCAAGUGCUGAGAACCAAAACCUGAAGCUAGAUGAAUGCACUCCAUGUGGAGAACACGCACCAUGCAGAUCAGUGUUUUCCAAGCACACAUGCAAGUGAUUUACUCGGUGCCAAAUGAGUAGUGACAGUAUUUCUUGCAGAGGUCUGUUGGGGAAAUGCACUUCAAUAGUAAUUGGGAGUGGAUGUGCUUACUGGGAAGAUGAAUGUUGAAGGAACGGUCCCCUGAUUCCUCCCCUCACGCUGCAGGGCUAGUUUACAAAGGAUCUACAGUACGUAUGGGGUUUGAAAUGAAGCCUCUCUGUUUGCGGUGCUUACUCAGGCAUGCGUCGGUACAGCCUCGCUGGAAUUGUAUGCAGUACCAAUGGCAAAAGAGAGAAUGAACAGACUGAGCAAAGGCACCCUGACUUUUAUAUUAACGAGAGAACUGUGCAAGUGGCCUGGGUUACAUUUUGUUUUAACUAAAACCUUUUUUUAUAUGUGAAAGAAUAAAUGGCAGGUUUUUUCACCAAAA